AUGAAUCAAUAUAAUCAGCCACACUACACCUUGCCGGGUGUGAUGCAUUAUUUACAAUCAGAAUUCACAAAAAAUGAAAGGGAUAGAAUAACAUGGGAUUUAGAAAGAUUAGAGAUGAAAUCAUAUAUAAACCAAUUAGAGAGUGAAAAUAGAGAGUUACGUCAUAAAUUAUCAGUUUUAAGAUCGCAGCUUCAGUCUCAUACAGUAACAGAUAACCAAUUGGAAGAUGAUGGGAAAUUGUAUUUAAAACAAAAUUCAAAGGAGAUUGAUUCCUUGGUGAAAUCUCGGUUACGUGUUCAAGAAAAUGUGAAAGAAAUUAUUUAUUUAUUGAAUGGACCCAAUGUUACUUCUGAUUUAAAUACAAUAACUAAUAGAAAUCUACCUUUACAUCAGAUGGAAGAUUUGAAUUUAAAUACUAGAACACAAAACAUACUAAAUGUUAAUUCUGAUUCGGAGAGUGAAUUAUCAGAUAAUAAUAUAAUUCAAAAGGAUAAUCGAAAUAUCGAUAGUAAAGAGGCAUCAGACGUAAAUGGCGCGUAUGUUGAAUCUCUGUUUAAGAAGAAUGGUUCUCCAGUUAUUUCUAAGGAUAAUUCCUAUCAUUACGUUCAAACAGAUGUUGGAGACGAAACUAAUAUACCUGAGGUGGAUGAUCUAACUUCCGACACUACUGAAGUUGCACCUGUAUAUGAUUUGGAUGAACAAAUGGAAAGUAAGGAUGAUGAAAUGCAGAUUUCAUUGCCGAUACAAGAUGAUAAAGAAACAAGUACAUUACAGAUGGGGUAUCAGCAACCCUUGGCUCAAAUAUUAAGAGUCAAUAAAAAUCAUAUUUUAGCAACGUUAAAUAAUAAACUAAAGUAUUAUAAGAUUGAAGAGGAUUCCUCAUGUUUAGAUAUGGAAGUAUCCUUUGAUACACUGUUAAGUGGUAUGGAUGUAAAAGGUGUAUUUUGGAUCAAUGAAAAGAUGAUAAUGUUUGUGUUAAAUGAUGGGGUAACUGUGUGGGAUGUACAGCUGAGCAAGUUGAUUGACAAAUUCCCCUUAUAUGAUGACGUUGCAUUAAAUUUUAAAGAUAUUAUAUCAACAAAUUUGAAGAAUAACUGGCUAAUAUUGACCACAUGUACUGGAGUAAACAUUGUAGAAUGGGAUUGGGGUGACCAAGAGAAAGAAAAUGGGUCUGACUCAAGUAUAUCUGUUAAAAAUAAAUAUUAUAUUCAUGUCUCGAAUUGUAUGGCUUCUGUCUUGGGUAUUACAGAAAAAUCGUUUAUUGUCAUUACAAAUAAUCCAUUAAAGCUACUUAUUUAUAAUUUCAAUGGAGAAAUAUUACAAACUGUUAAUAUUAAUAAAGAAGUAUCCAAGAAGAGAAUCACUAAGGAUGUCAAAUUAUAUAUAAAUAAAGAAAGUUCCAAGUUGCUCAUUCAGAUGAAAAGACACUUAAUCUUUUAUUCAUUUGAACAAAAGAGAAUAGUUCAACAGAAAACACUAGUGAAGACACCUACAUCAAUAUAUUUUAGAUAUGCUGAUGAUGUCAUUGGGGUUGCAUAUGAUGAUGGAAUGGUAGAAUUAAGAAAGUUAAACAAUUUUGAUAAAGUGGUGUUUGAAUACCCUCAUUUGACCACAACCAUAUCGAAUAAGGGAAAUCUUGGGAUAGAAGAUAAAAUUUUGCACUUAAUUUCUAUUGAUACCACCUAUUUGAAUAACAAAUAUAUAUUUGUUUCCUUAGGUGAUAACGUACUAAAAUUGGAAACAGCAAACAUAUGA